AUGAGGAUAAGGUCGAGGGGUCAACCUUUUAGAAAAAGCAAAUGUGAUCAAUCAAUCGAUAAUAAAAAUCAGUUCGAAGUUUUGAAGGAAGAAGCGAGAGUUUGUGCCUCUAUUGCUCGUACAAGAAUGCUCGUCCCGCUGACUGCAAUUGUGACUACGUCGUUGCCGAUGGUUGCCGCCAUCGCUUUUUGUGCCAAGAAUCGUAAGACGGUCCAUGCUAAAAACAAGAAUAAGAACAAGAGCAGCAAAUCUGCCAAAUCGUCGAAAUCUACUCGUGGAGCGUCGAAGAGUGGGAAAUCUCGCCGUUCAUCGAAAGCUAAGCACUCCAAGAGAUCGUCGAAGUCUAGUAAGAAGGGAACGUCUGGAAAAUCUGGAAAGGGAAGCAGCAAGCGUGGAGGGAAAUCAUCAAAGUCUUCGAAAUCGAAGAAAGUCAAGACUGCUACCACCUCUGGUUCUCAAGUUUCAACUGUUUCCGCUGCUACUGGUGUUUCUGAUAAGCAAUCUAACUCAUCGAAAUCUUCUCGUAAGAGCUCAAAGAGUUCGAAGAGCCGUAAGAAUCGUCGACUUGAUUCGGAUGCCCAGAAGAAAAUGGAGAAAUCGGGAAAGAGCGGCAAAGUUGCUCUUAUUCCAAAAACGCAACAAACAACUGGAAGCCAAGUUGGGCAUAGCCUUGCUGAAGAAGUCAAUUCGAUCAAGCACUCCAAGGAAAUGAAUGUGGCUCCUGCUAAACUUCAAUACCAGACACUUGGCGGAGUCAAUCAAAUUGAAUUGAAGAAUACUUCAAAUGAACGUAAAGCUUAUAAGAUCAAGUGCUCGGAUAACUCCCUUUACCGUGUCAAUCCGGUUUAUGGAUUUGCUGAGCCACGUUCUUCCGUUAAGAUUGAUGUGUUGAGAUUGAAUGGAGAGCAGAAAACUGACAAACUUGUGCUCUUGACUGCCAAUGCCAACGGCUCUACUAAUCCUCAUGAGGCAUUUGCUAACCAAGCGGAGCAUCGUGAGAUGAUGGUUGUCCCAUUGGUGGCUGCCUAAACAAUCGAUUCGACAUCAAUCUUGAAGUCUCUCUCAUGUCCAACAAAGUUCAUUAAUAAAGAUGAUGAUAUUUGGUUCUUAUUGUUUCUUUUUGUAGUUUUUCAU